AGGAAACAACCAGGAUAUUGUUCGAUAAGAGUCUUCAUGGUCGACUUCAGAAUUGAAAAUAGUCUAGGCUGCAGAAAAGAUUACCUGCUUCUGGAAAAUAAUAACAGAUACUGCGGAAAAAAUUUAUUCGGAAAAUUCAUGACGUUCGAUUUGAUCAAUAAGGACCACGAAGACGUUAGAUUUGUGACGGACUCAUUCCGUUGUGGUAGAGGAUUCUCUGGCGUAUACCAGCAGAUUGCUUGUCAACAACCGGAGCAUCCAAUUAAUCCGGUUAAACCGACCACCACCGUCAUCCCCGUUAUACCGACCCAUUCAAUGAAACCGCCAAUUUGCGACAGAUUCGUGGGAGAGAAGGAGUUUGUUCUUGAAGUGAUCGGGGAUGAAGAGAUUUGUCAUUUUCAGAUCAGGAAAUCCUCAGAGGAUGUUUGCAAAAUCAACUUGUACUUCGAAAAAUUCGAUCUUGUCUGCUCUAUCCAGUCUUUGAGUGCAGAUGGCAUGAUGUUUUGUGGACAUCUAUCGGGACGUAAAGUAUCCAUCAACGUAGAAGGUGACGAGAUCAAACAAGUGAUAUACCGAAAUAGUUUGAAAGAUAAUCAAAAUAAUUUCAGGCUGAGAAUAAUUGGUCAACAAAUAACUGAUGAUUGUUUGUAUCCAGAACCAGAAGUUGAGCCUCAACGACUAACAAAAUUAAAUUCAAUUGGUUUAAGAAAUAAUAGUGACAGAAAUAUAAAAAAAGAUAAAGACAGCAAUGGGUACUUUAUAGCGAUGCAUAACAAACAUCUGAAAGAAAUCUGUGGAAUUGUUACCAAAUCGGAUUUCCUACCGGAAAACUUUUGCGAUAUCUUGAAACGCUUUCGCAAUGCCACGCAGUGCACGAUUCUAGAUAAUAAUUACUCAUAUUUACCAAAUCAGAAGAACAAGCUAAACCUGAUGAAUGAAAGAAAUAUUAUGGAAAUCGAAUAUGAGGAAGUAGACUGUGACAAUACCGAAUACAAGGAAUGAUUAACUAUUAUUAAUAUUCUUUUGUGCCUUCCAGUUGAAGCAAAACAUUUUUUUGAUGAAUGUUCAUUUUUGUUCGAAAGCGCCUAAUUCCAAUCAAUCACUUUGAACUUGUAGAUAUGAGUAUUGAAAUUAUUUGUGAAUGUUCUUUUUCAAUUGAAGAUGAAAAUUUUUCCUAAAAAUUAAGUCUUCGAUGAUAAUUGCAAAUACUUGAUAGUUUCAAUUGGCACCAUUACUUGUUAACGUAAAUGAUAUACAGCUUGUCAAAUCUAGGAAGAGACUUGAAGAUUCUCUCCUCUCUCUCUCUCUCUCUCCUUCUCUCUCUCGCUCUCUCGCUCUCAUAGUCUUCUAACAAACGCAGAUCUAGUGGGCGGGACCAUAACGGAAUUCCGAAAGCUCUUCCUACAUUUGACAAACUGUAUUUAUAUUCAGUUUCAAGUCCAGACGUUUUAUUAUGAAUGCAUCCCCGGCAACAUAUUCAAUGUAAUCAUUGCCCAAGUACUCGAAUCUUCUGAUGAUUUUCGUUACUGAAGUUGAAAAAAAUACUUUCGUCUGAAGUUCUGAUACACCAGGAUAUCCUGCAAAAUAUGACUGAACUUUUUCAAUAACCUUUCAUUUUAUAAAACAAAGUAUCUUCGAAACGAGCACUUGAAUUUCGUUAACAAGGGAUUGUAAAUAAUUCUUGAAAAACAUCAUCUUUUUAAGUUAAACUCCUUUAUAUACAGUGCGGUCCUGAAAUAACGGAUAAAUUGAUUUUCUACGUAAUUAUGAACCAGGUAUCAUACGCUGCCCCUUUCUAUUCAACAUUUUUAUAAGGGAAGCUGUAACUUCUAAGGGUUUGAUGGAGCAGUUGAAUAAUUUCAUUGAAAAAGUGUAUUUUCAAAUAUCAAAAUUGACCUGUUUCAGGACUUUCCAUUGGCAUUCAUAAACACGUAGAAAAUUAAUGUAUCCGUAACUUUAGUACCGCACUGUGUAUAAACAUACAUCAAGAUGGAGCUAAAGAAGUUUUACUUUAGUCGUGUGGUCUAAAGCACACUCGUUUUUUUCAAAUUACGUUUUUGUGGACGUAAUUUUUCCACAGUUAUCGUUGUUUGGUAGCAUAUCUGGGAUAUUUUUCAGUUCUUUUCGGUAAUACGCCUUAUUUUUAUCAUUUAUGCAAUUUGUAUCACACAAAUUAUAGAUUUGAUGUAUUCUUUAGAGUUGUGAUGAAUUAAAAAUUGAAAUAUCAGAUGACUCGACAAUGAUCCUUGUGGUAUGACUUGAUCUGUACCAUAAUGUAUUAUAAAUACGAUCCAUCGUCGUUCCAGUUUGCAAUCAAUUUCAAUCUUUAACAAUUUGCCAGAGACGAAUUACAAAUGUUAAGUAAAGUCUUAUAUAAGAUUAA